GGAGUAACCCGACGAAAUCGUAAACGCCCCCUCGCCUUCCCCCUCAGGACAUGUAACGUCCUCUCUCUCGCUCUCUCCGGCUGGCUCGUGCCAGGCGCGAGAAACACAAACAGGAACUUUCCGGGAACCCCUCCUGACCUCCUCCCGCCAGGAAGCACUGCAGGGCGAGGCGAGCCUCCGUGCCGGGCGCCCACUCCUGGGAACCGUUAUUGAGACUGGAGCCCCUUUCGCCUGGCCACUCUCAGGGGGUCCCGGAGGGGGGCGGGGGUCACGCGCGACUCCCUGCUGGCGGUGACGUCACACUCCCCCACCACACACGCGCCUCCUCGCCUCGGGUCCCUUCUCAAUCAGUCCGUUGUCGGCGUUCCUCGCCCGCCAGCUUCCUCGGCGCUGCCCCGUCCUUCCAGUCCCUCCCUCCUUUCCUCCCUCUUGCCCUCCGCCCCGCGGCAGCGCAGUCCGCCCGGGAAAUUGCGUUAGCACCACCUCUUGCUUAAGAUUUCCUACGCCUUUACCCCGCCUUUGCCCCAUGUUCGGUCCGGACAAAUUGUUGGGGCAGCUGUCCAAUCUGGACAGAUACGGGAAUAUGGCGACCGUGGGGGAUUUUAACCCGCUCAGCGCCAGCAUCCCGGCUACCAAGGUGGAGGUGUCCGUGUCUUGCAGGAACCUUUUGGACAGAGAUACUUUUUCAAAAUCUGAUCCAAUCUGUGUGUUGUAUACCCAAGGUAUUGGAAAUAAAGAAUGGAGAGAGUUUGGGAGAACAGAAGUCAUCGACAAUACUUUGAACCCAGAUUUUGUAAGAAAAUUUAUAAUGGAUUACUUUUUUGAAGAGAGAGAGAAUCUGCGAUUUGACUUGUAUGAUGUUGAUUCAAAGAGUCCAAACCUAUCAAAGCAUGAUUUCUUGGGACAAGUGUUCUGUACACUUGGAGAGAUUGUUGGGUCACAGGGAAGCAGAUUAGAAAAGCCAGUUGUAGGAAUUCCUGGGAAGAAAUGUGGCACAAUAAUACUGACAGCAGAGGAGUUGAACUGUUGCCGGGAUUCUGUACUGAUGCAAUUUUGUGCAAACAAGUUAGACAAGAAAGAUUUCUUUGGGAAAUCAGAUCCCUUCCUGGUAUUUUUCCGUAGCAAUGAGGAUGGCAGUUUUACAAUCUGCCACAAGACAGAAGUUGUAAAGAAUACAUUAAAUCCAGUGUGGCAGGCAUUCAAGAUAUCUGUCAGAGCACUUUGCAAUGGAGAUUAUGACAGAACAAUUAAAAUAGAGGUGCAUGAUUGGGAUAGAGAUGGAAGCCACGAUUUCAUUGGAGAAUUUACAACGAGUUAUAGGGAAUUGUCCAGAGGACAGUCACAGUUCAAUGUGUAUGAGGUAAUCAAUCCAAAGAAGAGAGGAAAAAAGAAAAAAUACGUUAAUUCAGGAACAGUAACAUUACUUUCCUUCCUAGUGGAAACAGAAGUUUCAUUCCUUGACUAUAUUAAAGGCGGGACUCAAAUCAAUUUCACUGUGGCUAUUGAUUUCACAGCUUCAAAUGGUAACCCUGCACAGCCAACCUCACUCCAUUAUAUGAGCCCAUAUCAGCUGAAUGCUUAUGGCAUGGCAUUGAGAGCAGUCGGUGAAAUAAUUCAAGACUAUGAUAGUGACAAAAUGUUUCCAGCUCUUGGUUUUGGUGCAAAACUGCCUCCAGAUGGAAGGGUGUCUCAUGAGUUUGCCUUGAAUGGGCACCCUCAGAAUCCUUACUGUAAUGGAAUAGAUGGUGUAAUGGAAGCCUACUACAGGAGUCUGAAAUCUGUACAGCUUUAUGGACCCACAAACUUUGCUCCCGUUAUUAAUCACGUUGCAAGAUAUGCUGCCUCAAUAAAAGAUGGCUCCCAGUAUUUUGUUCUUCUCAUUAUUACAGAUGGGGUCAUUUCUGACAUGGCUCAAACAAAGGAGUCCAUAGUGAAUGCCUCAGGGCUUCCAAUGUCAAUAAUAAUAGUGGGAGUUGGACCAGCAGAAUUUGAUGCUAUGGAAGAACUGGAUGGUGAUGAAGUAAGACUCUCCUCAAGAGGAAAAUAUGCAGAAAGGGAUAUUGUGCAGUUCGUACCAUUUCGGGAUUAUAUUGACAGAAGUGGAAACCACAUAUUAAGCAUGGCCAGACUUGCUAAAGAUGUCUUAGCUGAGAUCCCAGACCAGUUUCUCUCCUAUAUGAGGGUCAGAGGAAUCAAGCCGUCUCCUGCACCUCCUCCAUACACGCCUCCUAUUCAUGUAUUGCAGACUCAAAUAUGAGCACUCCAAAUGUUUAAUGCUUUUCACAAACCAUAGGGCGCUACUUAGGAAGUGCACCAGUGCUAUGGUACACUUUAAAGAGCCAAUGAGCUGAGACCAAGUGUCCCUCUUUGUAUGCAGUAGGAGCUUCUGGUGGACUUUGGAACAGAAUAAUUUAACGUCAUUAUACCAAAAUGUCCAAUCUGGUUGCAUGCGCAACUGAACAGCUUUUGUGUACAAGGAGCAAAAUGGUGGUUGUUCUUGAGUUUUAUUUUGUUUCUGACAGACAAAAAGCUAGUAGUGUCACACGUGUUUUGGAGAAAGCACAAGUCACGGGUUCAACUGAGAAGUCCUUGUCUUUCCUGACUUAAUAUGUACAUACAAAUAUGUGGGAAUGCAAUUCCUCUGUAUCAUUGUUUACAUGUUACUACUUUUCAAACUUAACUACUUUUUAUAAUUAUUCUUAAUCUUAAGGACUUGGAAUAUUUGAAUUGUCUUCUAGCUUGCAAUAGUAAAAUCCACAAGAGGAGCAAUAUCUCUUUGAAUGACUGUCCAGCCAAAUGCAAAUGUAAAACUAAAGACAGAAAGAGAGCAGGGGAGGGGGGGAACAAGUACAUUCAUAGGUCUCAAUAAUGGAAACACCUCACUCAAGUGCUCAGUAAAGAAUUAAUCUGACAUAUCUGUGAAUAUGCUUGCAAGAUGUGAAUAAUGUAAGAAUAUGUAUUUUUGCAAGAUAUUCCAGUUUCUGAAAUAACUUGUGUUUACAUUUUUUAAGACCAAUUAUGCUGGCAUAAAUAAAUUUGAACAACAUACAUAAUACAUACAUAACAUAAUUUUAGGAAUUGGCUGCAUCAAAUAACUUUUGAGUUCUAUAAUUUAGCUGAUGCAACAUGUGAAAUCUAUAGAGUAUCUUGCAUAACAGUAUAGCUUUGACAUCAUAUUGCUUUCUGCAGGUGAAUGUUUUAUUAUGAGUGAUUUAAAGCUCUUAUGCAAAUUACCAGUGGCUGUAAGGUUAUCUAGAUUUUCUAUUCAAAGGGAUGCUGGCUCACUUUUGAGUUGGCUGUUGCCAGUCGCACUGUCAUCUAGGGCACACAAGUGGUAAUUAUUAAUUAACUGGGUUGAAAUUGCACAGCUUUGUUGCUUUGUGCACAUCUUUGUGUAUAGAACUACUCAAGUAUUUUAUGAUAUGCCUGCUCUUAUCCUAAUUAUCCAAUGUUUUUGCAUGUACAGUUUUUACAAGAAAUUCACUGUGUGAGUAUUUGUGUCAAAACUUUUAAUUAGAACUAAUGGCCUUAAAUCUCACAAAUACCUUGGAAAUGAUUGUGAAUUGCCUUCAGAUACUGGAAGACAUGUUUUACUUUGUGUCAAAAUUGUAAUUGCCUUGUAAUGUGUAGCUCUCUGGCACAUAACCUGUUUACUACUUUCUUUACUAUUAUAUAUGUUGUACAGUAUUAAAUUAAGGUGCAUUUUUUAAGCAUGAAAGGGUUUUUUCCUGGAAAAGCAUACAUAUGAUAUCAAUGGCAUAUAACCCUAUGUAAUACAGAAUCUUCCAUUUUUAAAUAUAUUAAAAGUCCUUAAAAUA